GAGAGAGAGGAGGGGGGAAAAGGGCUGACCGAUCAACGUUUGGGAGGAGGGGCUUUGGUGGAUUUUGUGUUAUCGUGACUGUGAGAGAGGGAGGGAUGAAAGAGAGAGAAGAGGAAGAGAAAGAGAGCGAAGGAGGAGGAGGAAGAGAGAGAAGGAGAGAAAGAGAUUCAACAAGAGGAGAAAGCUCAGACAGUACCACAUAGCUGAGAGGAACUCUACACCAGAACACUACUCUUCUUCUCUACAAAUCCAGAUAAAGCCUAGUGUUCGCUCUUCAAACAGAUUAUAAUAUGGAGACAUAAGGGACAUCUUUAAAGGACUGCUCUAACUGAGUUUGAGAGACCAGACACCGAAACAAACUGUCUAAAUGUAUGACGUUAUUCACCAACGAACUAGUCAUACAUCUGUCAUGUAAGUAGUUGGUAUGACAUCGGUGUCAAACCCUUCAGGGUCAGCAGAGACACAGCCCUCGUCCAGGAUCAGCAGAGAGACAGCCCUCGUCCGGGACCAGCAGAGAGACAGCCCUCGUCCGGGACCAGCAGAGAGACAGCCCUCGUCCAGGAUCAGCAGAGAGACAGCCCUCGUCCAGGAUCAGCAGAGAGACAGCCCUCGUCCGGGAUCAGCAGAGACACAGCCCUCGUCCAGGACCAGUAGAGAGACAGCCCUCGUCCAGGACCAGCAGAGAGACAGCCCUCGUCCAGGACCAGCAGAGAGACAGCCCUCGUCCGGGAUCAGCAGAGACACAGCCCUCGUCCAGGACCAGUAGAGAGACAGCCCUCGUCCAGGACCAGCAGAGAGACAGCCCUCGUCCAGGAUCAGCAGAGAGACAGCCCUCGUCCAGGACCAGCAGAGAGACAGCCCUCGUCCAGGACCAGCAGAGAGACAGCCCUCGUCCAGGACCAGCAGAGAGACAGCCCUCGUCCAGGACCAGUAGAGAGACAGCCCUCGUCCGGGAUCAGCAGAGAGACAGGAAUUGAUUUUGACACCCCUGCGUUAUGGCAUUGCAUACUGUAUGACCACAGUACAAACUGUAAUAUAUGUAGAGGACCUGUGGAACCUUCCUAGUGGAAUCCUGAAUCACUGUGGAACCUUCCUAGUGGAAUCCUGAAUCACUGUGGAACCUCCCUAGUGGAAUCCUGAAUCACUGUGGAACCUUCCUAGUGGAAUCCUGAAUCACUGUGGAACCUCCCUAGUGGAAUCCUGAAUCACUGUGGAACCUUCCUAGUGCAAUCCUGAAUCACUGUGGAACCUUCCUAGUGGAAUCCUGAAUCACUGUGGAACCUUCCUAGUGGAAUCCUGUAUCACUGUGGAACCUAGAACUAUCCUGCCCGGAAUCCUCCAUCUCUACCCUGAACAGUUGAAUACGUUCUAGAACAGGUUCUAGAGUCAGAAUGGGUUCUACUGUUCCUGUUUCGUCCGUGUUGUUCGUACUGCUGCUGUUCCACACCUUCACAGUGGGACAGUGUCAGAGCCACGGCAGCGUGACAGGAAGUCUCCCUGUCUCCGACCUCUAUCCAGCCUUCCACAGUACAGACACCCCCCUGGGUCUGCUACUGGACCCCCAAGAGCCCUCCUCAUCCCUGGGACUGAUACAAGACACCACAUCCCUGGACCUCCGUACCCCCAUCUCAUCCACACCCUCGCCUGACUCUGACCGUGGACACCAACAUCUCAAACACGGACGCCAUCACUCGUCCUCCAACACGUCGUCCUGGGGAAUACGUGUCCAGCCUGUAGUACCUCCUGUCUGCCACCAGGUGACCUUCAUAAAGACAGCUUUUAAAUACAUAAACACAGUGAUUAGCUGUGUGAUAUUCAUGGUAGGCAUGGUGGGAAACGCCACUCUACUGAGGAUUAUCUACCUGAAUAAGACGAUGAGAAACGGACCCAACGCCCUGAUCGCCAGCCUGGCUCUGGGGGACCUGAUCUAUAUCACUAUAGAUAUACCCAUCAACGUUUAUAAGCUCCUGGCUGGCUCAUGGCCGUUUGAUGACAGCUCCAUUGGUCUGUUCCUCUGUAAACUGUUCCCCUUCCUGCAGAAAGCUUCUGUUGGCAUCACUGUACUCAACCUGUGUGCCCUGAGCGUGGACAGGUAUCGUGCGGUAGCGUCGUGGAACAGGGUCCAGGGUGUCGGUGUACCCCUGUUAACAGCAGUCGAGAUCAUCUCUAUUUGGCUGUUAUCCAUUCUGAUGGCUGUGCCAGAGGCUAUAGGAUUCAACAUGGUCACCUUUGAGUACAGGAACGCGACCAUACGGACCUGCAUGCUCAACCCACAGACACCAUUCAUGACGUUCUACCGCGAUGCCAAAGACUGGUGGUUGUUUGGAUUCUAUUUCUGUGUUCCGUUGGCGUGUUCCGCCGUGUUCUACACUCUGAUGACAUGUGAGAUGUUACAUCACAGAAACGGAUCCCUCCGCAUCGCGCUCAGCGAACACCUCAAACAGCGUCGGGAGGUAGCCAAGGCGGUGUUCUGUCUGGUCCUGAUCUUCGCUCUGUGCUGGUUCCCUCUGCACCUCAGCAGGAUACUGAAGAAGAUGGUUUACAUGCCUCAUGAUGCCAGACGCUGUGAACUGCUCAAUUUUCUAUUGGUCCUGGACUACUUCAGUAUUAACCUGGCCACAGUCAACUCCUGCAUCAACCCCAUCAUACUCUACUUCGUCAGCAAGAAGUUCAAAAACUGCUUCAAGGUAGGACUGUGUGUGUCCGUUUGCUCUUCCAAUGUCAAGCCACCUCUCAAUCCAUGAUCCAAUGAGGGCCUAGUGGCUGUGAUGCCAUAGUGAGGUCAUGAGUUCAGUGGGUUGUUUGAGAGAGAUAACGGCAGGGACACACAGAGAGGAAG